AUGCAAUACGAAUACAAUUUGACAGCUGUUGGACUCACGCCACGUUUUCCAUAUAUUUCUCUUGGCAAUUGUAUGGGAUUGGACUGCAAAAAGCCAGGAGCUGAGAUAGCGAAUGGCAGCGCCGAUAUUACACUCGGCACCGUUUGGCAGAGUGAGUCUCGAUACGAGCAGGUGGAUUUUACAGUGCCCAUUGGUGUAGUGUAUUUUGGUUACGUCAUUAAGGAGAGCACUCAAGUCGAAGUCGAAGAUUAUAUUGCUGAUGCGUUUCGAGGAUCUGUAGGCAAACACAAAUUAUUGCUACUAAAGCUAAUAAGUCUAUUUGUUGCGUGGCAUCUGAAUACUCAAAAGCUAACCACGUUCGCAAAGAGGACGUGUUCAAGGUUACAUCUCGCAACUGUAGUUGAUAUAAAUUAG